AUGGUAAUCGGGGUGGACUUUGGCAUGACCUGUACUGGCGUCUCAUACGCAAAUCUCUCAAUUGGGUCUGAAACAGUGCGAUGGAUACAGAAAUGGCCCGGCAGAGGUCAGGCGAACGAGAACAAAGUCCCUACCGUCUUAGUAUACCCUCAUAAUUCUCAACAGCCCUCGUCAUGGGGUUUCCUCUCCGAAACCGUAACGGAGCAAACCUCAAACGACAGAGAGUAUAAAGAAUGGUUCAAAACGUACCUUGACCCUGGACGGUUGCGACAAAAGCAAGUGGACGACCCCGAGGAUGCGCCUCGAUCGAUGACUGAGGUGCAGAAAUGGUAUGAGGACUAUUUGAGGGCACUGUAUCAACACAUCGAGUUCAAAUUGAGCGCUGAACUGUCGGGCACCAACUGGCAAAAUGCAAGGAUUGAGUUCCUCUUCAGCGUGCCUACGACGUGGACACCACAUCCGACUGUAGAGAACUUCCGAUCCAUUGCUCAGCGAGCUGGCUUUGGGAGGUAUCCUAAUCAUGUACUGCGGAUUGGACUUACGGAAGCUGAAGCCGCAGCCGUACAUACCUCAACUGAAGCAUCCGGGAUUUUUCGGGAGCGCGACAUCUUGCUGGUCUGCGAUGCAGGUGGAGGCACUACAGAUCUCUCUGUCCUUCGGGUGACGGACACUCAGAGCGACACCCUCUCCCUCCAGCAGCUCGAUGUGGUCUUUGGCGAGACAAUUGGAUCAGCCGCCAUAGACUACGCCUUUGAGAAGCUAGUUCUUGCCCGCCUCCAGCAGGCAGACCGCGUUGCAAGCCUGGGUAUUAAUUUAGAUGAGACUGCGUGGGAGAUGAUGAAGAGCAAAGAAUUCCAGAACGUAAAAUGCGAACACGGCAGUCCGUCCGACACGCCACUCUUUUCUGUUGCGAUACCACGGCUUAGUCCAGCUUACAGCAACCGAGAUGCCGGCAUACAAAACGGCGAGAUGACAUUCGCCAGGGAAGACUUGCAGCAGAACUUCGAUAAGCAAGUGCAUAAGAUGUUUCGCCUGAUAGAUGCACAGCUACAGAGUCUUCAACAGAAGUAUCCCAAUGAGCAUGUGGCACAUCUCGUCCUAUCCGGCGGACUAGGUAACUCUGCCUACGUACAACAGCGUCUGAGGGCUCGCUAUGGGGGUCAGCAAGGUGUCCAGCAUGCCGGGGCAAUGCAAGUCCGCAUCGCGCCAGACCCACAGCUCGCUGUAUGCAAGGGCAUGGUUGCCGAUCGAGUACGCAAGCUCAAGUCUGGCAAAGCGGUACUCGGCUGGCGGUGCUCCCGAGCGUCCUAUGGCACGAUCUGCAGAAUAAAGUACAACAAGAAGAAUCCUGAUCAUAUAGGCAAGAAGACGGAGAGGGAUUCUGAGAAUGGGAAACUGUAUAUCACUAAGGCUGUAGCUUGGUUCAUCAAAAAGGGCGAACCAGUAUCUGUGGACAAGCCAAUUGUCCAUUCUUUCAGCCGCAGAAUCACCCCUGGAGAUCCACGCCGCGCAUUCCCCACAAACAUCGUGGUGUCACACAUCGACCGGCAAUUCUUGCCGUACCAGAUGAACGACAACGCCCAGAUCCUCUGCGAAAUCGAGUCCGAUCUUUCCGCCGCGGACGAGAGGAAAUUUAAAGAGAAGAACAAGCACUUCUGGAACUUCGGGAAGCACCAUUUCAAAGUCGACUACGAAAUCCGCGUCAUCAUCGGGCCUGCCGACAUCCAGUUCGAGCUCUGGUUCGACGGACAGAAGCUCAGCAAAGACAAGCCAAUCCGCGUGGAUCCCAGGUUCGACCAAUACUUUCUCUAA